GGCGCCGCCGCCGCCGCCGCCGCUGCUGCAGCUUGUGUAGUUCGGGGCCGCGGCGAGCAGGACGUGCGGGAGGCGCGCGCGAGAUGCCGGUGCGGGGAGACCGCGGGUUCCCACCGCGGCGGGAGCUGUCGGGCUGGCUGCGCGGCCCAGGCAUGGAGGAGCUGAUAUGGGAGCAGUACACCGUGACCCUGCAGAAGGUGAACACGCAGGACUUUAGAGGGCUUGUUCGGGAAGAUGCGGUUCUCUACCUGUUAGAAAUUCCCAAAGGUGAAACUGUGACAAUUUUGGCGCAGAGCCGAGCAGAUGUGUACAGAGACAUUCUGGCUUGUGGCAGGGGAGAUUCGUUUUUCAUAAGAAGCCACUUUGAAUGUGAGAAGGAAAUGCCACAGAGCCUGGCCUUCACCAGGGGAGAGGUCUUCCGAGUGGUGGAUACACUGUAUGAUGGCAAGCUGGGCCAUUGGCUGGCUGUGAGGAUUGGAAAUGAACUGGAGAAAGGCUUAAUCCCUAACAAAAGCCGAGCUGAGCAAAUGGCCAGUGUCCAGAAUGCCCAGAGAGAGAACGCUGGGGACAGAGCAGACUUCUGGCGGAUGCGUGGCCAGAGAUCCGGGGUCAAGAAGAACAUCCGGAAGAGCCGGGAAGACCUGUCGGCCGCUGUGUCGGUUAGCACCAAGUUCCCCGCCUACGAGAAGGUUCUGCUGCGGGAAGCUGGCUUCAAGAGACCUGUGGUCUUGUUUGGCCCCAUAGCAGAUAUAGCAAUGGAAAGGUUGGCGAAUGAGUUACCUGACUUGUUUCAAACUGCAAAAACUGAACCCAAAGAUGCAGGAUCUGAGAAAUCCAGCGGAGUCGUUCGGUUGAAUACUGUGAGGCAAAUUAUUGAGCAGGACAAGCACGCCCUGCUCGACGUGACCCCCAAAGCCGUGGACCUGCUCAAUUACACUCAGUGGUUUCCAAUCGUGAUUUUCUUCAACCUGGAUUCCAGACAAGGUGUUAAAGCCAUAAGACAGAGGUUGAGCCCAACAUCCAAUAAAAGUUCUCGGAAGUUAUUCGAUCAAGCCAACAAGCUCAAAAAAUCCUGCUCUCAUCUUUUUACAGCUACAAUCAACGUGAAUUCAGCCAAUGAUGCCUGGUUCGGCAGCUUGAAGGACAGCAUUCAGCAGCAGCAAGGGGAAGCAGUCUGGGUCUCUGAAGGAAAGAUGGAAGGGAUGGAUGAUGACCCUGAAGACCGCAUGUCCUACUUAACCGCCAUGGGCGCGGACUAUCUGAGUUGUGACAGCCGUCUCAUCAGUGACUUUGAAGACACGGACGGCGAGGGAGGCGCCUACACUGACAAUGAGCUGGAUGAGCCAGCUGAGGAGCCCCAGGUGUCUUCCAUCACCCGCUCCUCGGAGCCGGUGCAGCAUGAGGAGAGCAUAAGGAAACCCAGCCCAGAGCCACGAGCUCAGAUGAGGAGGGCGGCUAGCAGAGAUCAACUUAGGGAUGGUAGCCCGCCCCCAGCAUUCAAGCCAGAGCCGCCCAAGGCCAGAAGCCAGAACAGAGAAGAAUUCUACGACUACUCCAAGUCGAACCUCUCUGCCACGGCUGGUAGUGAAAUGGGGGGAUCUACCAGAGGCUGUCCUCCCCCCGUUGCAGCGAAGCCUUCCUUUGGGCGAUCCAUCCUGAAGCCUUCCACUCCGGUCCCUGUGCCUGAGAGUGAGGAGGUGGAGGAGAGCACCGAGGAGCAGGAAGAUGCUCCCAGAUCCGUCCUGGGCAGAGUGAAAAUAUUCGAGAAGAUGGACCACAAGGCAAAAUUACAGAGGAUGCAGGAGCUCCAAGAAGCGCAGAAUGCGAGGAUUGAAAUUGCGCAGAAGCACCCUGACAUCUACGCGGUUCCUAUCAAAGCCCCGAAGCCAGAAGCCAGCCUGCCCCCUCACAUGAGUUCUAGACCCCCAGAGCCACAGAAAGCUCCUUCCAGACCUUACCAGGACACCAGAGGGAGCUACGGCAGUGACCCCGAGGAGGAGGAAUACCGGCAGCAGUUGGCCGCGCACUCAAAGCGUGGCUACUACAGCCAGCCCUCCCGGUACCGAGACACGGAACUAUAGGUGUCUGCGUGGACUCCUGUGAGGCCCCCUGGAGAUCUUCUCCAGCUGAAGUGCACUGCAGAGAGACGGUGGGGACCCUGGGACCCCAGCAGCACCAACCUAAGGCUCUGUUCGUGGGACUGGAGUAGAGUUGAUUAUGACUUUUUGCUCAGAAUGAAGAGAAACACUGCAGUCUGAUACUGUUACUUGCUUUGGUGCGGACCAAAAUCUGUAUUAAUCUCUGUAUUUUUAAUAUGUAUAUUAAGGAGCAAUAACUAUUUUUCUUCAUUCAUAGCUGCCUUCCAGUACUGCUUCAGUGUGAAGCAAAUGUGAAAAAGGAGUUAAAAAAAAUACUCCAUCUCAAACUAAAUUCAGAAGUAUUUUAUUACAACUCUCUAAGUGCCUUUGACAAGAUGUGUCUUAAGUUUCCUUCCCUGGAGCUUUAUGCAGAGCUAUAAUGGACUAAAUCUUUAUUUUGACUAAAUUUUUAUACCAGUUUAGGAGCUUUAACUGCCCUCCUGCGCCAUGCCGUGUUUUUAGGGCAUUGUCUGUGUAGUAUUUUCCGUAAAUUCCGACUGUACAUAGAUAGGACAGCGACACUUGGUAGUUUGGCUGUCAUAGCUUGGAGGCCAGGAAUUGAGAGUUUUUGUUGUUUGUCUACAACCACGUGCGCUAUAAAAGCAGAUACUUGAGAAAAGGGUAUUUUAUUUCCUUUAUAUCAGCGUCUGUACUGACAUCAAGCUGUUUUAUAAUUUAAUAAAAAGGAGUCCAUUGGUAGUCAAGAA